GAUGGCUAUACAUGUUUCAUUUUGAUGGAAAAGACUUGUAUUUGUACAAGUAUAUGGUACUAUAAGGCCGUUCAUGGGAAAUUGUAAUAUGAAGUGCAAGCCAUUGUAAUAUGGAUCUUACGGAUCCAAAUAUGAAUCGCCGAGGCACGGUAACGCUGGAAUGGAGCAGAACAGAAUGCUGGAGUACAAACAGGUAGCAUCACACUGUUGACCUUUGUGUGUCGACUACAUACACCGUUCAGCAAAGCACAAACAUGCACCGCCUCCUCUUGAUCAGCAUUCUGCAAGUGCUAGCAGCAGCUAUACCACACCCUCAAGCUAGCGACGACUCAACAGCCCCACUCACUUCGCUCUCGGAGAUCUUACCAACAUCGACUGUUGCCAUACCGGACUCGACGUCUCUCAACAUCCCAGUCACAGCCAUACCCUCGAUCGAGCCCGACCCAGAGGACGACGGUGAAGAUGACGACGAUGGCAACUACGGCAAAUCGCUAAGUCGCUCGAAGAAGCCGCACCGAGAGCCCACUCCCAUCUUCACCAAGCAGUGCCAGUGUCAGCUGGCCACAGCUCGGUACCCAUGUUGGGCUACUGAUGCACUACAGAAAUGUUACUUUGAAGAAAACUUCUCUCACGCUUGCUACAUGCAAGCAGCAGGUGGAUGUCCCAAACCAACUCGUGCUGUAAGUUUCUUCCUAUAUUAUUCUUUGCAUAUCUUCUCCCCUUCCAUCUUCUCUUCUCUUCUCUUCUCUUCCAUUCUCUUUCCGCUUCGCCUUCUUUUCCAGGGUAACUAAUAGUGUGCUUUUUGGGCAGUGCAAGCAACUCUACCUACCUACACCGCUACCGGGACCCAAUCCCUGCGAGCUAAAACCAAACCCAAACCCGCAUGUGACACCUACUCUUCCUGCUGUCCCUUCCUUCCCCACUCUUACUGGCGCUCCAAAUGUGACUCUGAGUUUGCCCAUUGUACCCAGCAGAAACAGUACGUUUGCGACGGUACAUUCGUCCAGUACAUGAUUGCGUAUCAGAGUGGUUGUGAAGGGGGACGGCCGAUGUGAGAGAGAGAGAGAGGGAGAAAGAGAAGAAGAAAAAAAAGUUUCACAUGGCAAAGGAGAUCAGGGCUAGCUACGAUACUGUCUGUACAUAGGUCAAGAUGACCACCCCCCCCCCCCUUUCCC